AUGGACGUUCCAGAUCCAGAGAAACAUUCGGGGGCCAGCUCCGGGGCCGACACACCCACUGCGGCAGGCGAAAACCCGGCGGCAGAGGCACAAGUCCGUCCGUCGGCGGUAGAUGCCGCACCAGUAGAACCCCCGGCCAAAGCCGAGGAACAGCCCCCCGCACCGCCAGACGGAGGCGUGCUUGCUUGGCUCCAGGUCUUGGGCUCGUUUUUUCUUUUCAUGAAUUCAUGGGGUCUCGUCAACACCUACGGUGUCUACCAAACCUACUAUGAGCUGGAACUCCUGCGCAACAGGACACCGUCCGAGAUCUCGUGGGUGGGCUCUCUGCAAGCAUGCCUACUGCUCGUUGUCGGUGUCGCCACCGGCCCGCUGUUCGAUCUCGGCUACUUCAACCUGCUCCUAUGGACAGGCUCCUUCCUCGUCGUCUUCGGCAUGAUGAUGACCAGCCUCUGCACGCAGUACUGGCAGGUGAUGCUUGCACAGGGUCUCGUGGUAGGGCUCGGCUUCGGCUGCCUCUUCGUGCCUAGCGUGGCCAUCGUAUCAACCUACUUCACCACGCGCAAGGCCUUCGCCACGGGCGUGGCCGCCUCGGGCAGCAGUCUCGGCGGCGUCAUCUACACCAUCACAUUCUCGCGGCUGCAGCCGCGCAUCGGCUUCCCCUGGGCCACGCGCGUGGUCGCUUUCCUCGCCCUGGCCGGCCUGUGCCUCUGCUGCGCCGUCAUGCGCGUGCGCGUGCUGCCCAAGUCGGUGCGCCGGCUGCUCGAGCCGCGCGCCUUCCUUGAGGUCCCCUACACCAUGUUCACCGUCGGCCAGUUCGUCGGCACCAUGGGCAUGUGGGUGCCCUUCUACUACAUCAACAGCUACGCGAUCCAGGCCGCGGGCGUCGACACCAACCUGGGCUUUUAUCUCGUCACCAUCCUCAACGCUACGUCCAUCCUGGGCCGGCUCGUGCCCAACUACUUCGCCGACAAGACGGGCCCGCUCAACAUCAUGACCCCCGCGGCGCUGUGUUCGGCCGUGCUCGCCUUUGCGUGGAUCGGGAUCAGAUCCACCGCGGGGCUGAUCGUCUUCUGCGUGCUGUACGGCUUCACGUCGGGUUCGUUCGUCUCGCUGCCUGCGCCGACGGUGGUUACGCUCACGCCUAGUCUCAACGUGUUGGGCGCCCGGAUGGGUAUGAGCUUUUCGUUGGCUGGUAUUGGCAUCCUGAUUGGCAACCCCAUCGGCGGUGCUAUACUCACGAGCAGCGGCUGGGUGGGUUUGCAAUGCUGGGCCGGCGCUACCAUCCUUGCCGCGGCCGUGGCGAGCUUGGUUGCCCGCUUUGCCAAGAAUCCUAAGCUGCUGGGUAAAGCUUAG